AUGAUAGUCGUAUCCCUGAGCGUAUUUCUAUCUCGAAGCAAUCGAAGUUGUCCUUCGUUGAGAGUCCAAAAGUAUGUAUCUGGAUGCAACCAUGUCUAUAGAGUACGGAGUAAUAUCGGCUCUCCCUUAUUCCAUGCGUCUGUGUGUUUUGCUUGUUUCUCUUUCCUCGCAGCAACAAUCUUCGUAGGAUAUACUUUCAAAGUAAACGAGAGACAAGCCAGUCUGGCCCGGCGCUGUGCUGUGCUGUGCUUCUGUGUUUUGCAUAUUGCAGAGGGCAGUGCCCGUGGUACGAGCUGGUUCAGCUUGUAA